AUGAAUGCUCCCGAAGUGGUUCUUCAUAUCCUAGCAAGCCCAUGCGAUGUAUCUCAGAAAGUAUUGGACUUGAUUCCACGUUUGAAGAUUUUUGACUCGGGCUGCAUGGGCUUCAUCUCCUCCCCUGUUCUCCCUGGGGCAUAUCAGCAAAGCCAGUCCCAAGGAUAUGGAUACAUGCACCAGACCAGUAUGUCAUCCAUGAGGUCCAUGCAUUCACAGCCUCAUUCAGCAGGUCUGAGAACGUACAGAGCUAUGUAUGACUACAGUGCUCAAGAUGAAGAUGAAGUUUCCUUCAGGGAUGGUGAUUAUAUCAUCAAUGUGCAACCAAUUGAUGAUGGCUGGAUGUAUGGUACUGUUCAGAGAACUGGGAAAACAGGAAUGCUUCCAGCAAAUUACAUUGAGUUUGUUAACUAA